AUGAAGGUUACUGAGAUUUUUGGGGUUGUGAUGCUGUUACAGAUCAGCAUUGGGGUCUCAGUGAAUGUAUUCCUUCUCCUGUUUUAUACCCGCAAGAUCUCCACCAGCCACAAGUUCAGCUCCUCAGAUCUAAUUCUCACCCAUCUAGCUUUGGCUAACACACUCAUUCUUUUCACCCUUGGAAUCCCGGAGACCUUGUCAACUUGGGGAUUGAGAAAUUUUCUGGACAAUGUUGGAUGCAAAAUCCUCAUGUAUCUUUAUAGAGUGGCCCGAGGCCUUGCCAUCUGCACCACUUGCCUUUUGAGUGUCUUCCAAGCCAUCACCAUCAGUCCCAGCACUUCCAGGUGGGCACGAGUCAAAGCCAAAUUACCACAGUGCAUCUUCCCCUGCUGUGUUCUUUCCUGGAUCCUCAACAUGAUAGUAGAUGAUAUACUGAUUUACAUGACAGGCCAGAACAGCAGCACUGUUCAUAUCGUAUUAGAUCUCAAAUACUGCUCAAAAAUCAGUGCCAUUGCAGAAGCAGCCCUGGUAAUUGUGGUUGUACUUUCCAUCCGGGAUCUCUUCUUUGUGGGGCUUAUGAGUGUGGCCAGCAGUUACAUGGUCUUUGUCUUGCACAGACACCACAGGCAGGUCCAACACCUUCAUGGGUCCAGCCACUCCACUAGGGAAAUGCCUGAAGUCAGGGCAGCCAAGAGAGUCCUUGCCCUAGUAACCCUCUACAUUAUCCUCUAUGGGCGACAGUCAAUCAUGCUGAGUGUUUUACUGAACAAAAAAGGAAAUGCUCCUCUACUGGUGAAUUUUCAUAUGGUUUUAUCCUUCACUUUCUCAGUCAUAAGUCCAUUUUUGAUUAUUGAAAGUGAUAGGAGAAUAAAGACAUUCCUGAAAAGGGAAUCUCCUGAUUCCCACACAGAGCUCCUCUAG